AUGGAGGGGAAAAAUGGCGACCCAACUUCAAAAACCAGCCGUCAGAUCGUAGAAAUAAAGGUAAGUCGGGCGUUUUUUGGGUUGUAGUGGGUGUGCUCUCUCAGCAGCGACCUCACUCUGUCUCAACAAACGCAAUUGUGUUCCAAUGACAUGGCUAGGCCAGGACGACGGAAGACGGGCGUAGGCGCAGCGGCUGGCCAGACGUUUCCCCGCCCCCCCCCCCUUCUUACUUUGUCACACGCGUAGUGGCUUCUCAACAGACAUGAACCGGAAUUCACUUGGAUAGUCCUCCAAGAACACUAUAUUUGACCAUUUGAUUGAAGUCUGACGCAACAGUGCCGACCAUCUUGGGGGACCCAGCGGGAAAACUGGUACGCGCACAGAAAUCAGGACAGUAAACAAUGUUUCUCCGCACGCUAUUCCUAGAACGACUAAAACUACUUAACUCUGUUCGGCUAUCCCUCAACUGGUGUUACCGACAAAGACAAGGGAGACUGGAAUGGCUACCGACAGGACAACGGGCCCGUGGCCCACUGGUUAGAGGCGUUGGACGCCUAAGUAACAGAUCGCGAGUCCGAGCCUUGGGUGUCCCACACUUCGCGGUUGGGUACGACUAGCUGACGACGGUUAAUAAGCCACAAAUGGCUAUUCUAGUCUCCCUUGUCUUUGUCGGUAACACCAUUCUGCCUACAUCAUGUGCCGCUGUGCGGCUGCUGGUUGGACUCGAGAGCGAGAGCCCGUAAGGCACAACAGAACCAGUGAGUUCCGUAAGAACGAUCGGUCAGCGCCUCCUACCAUUAUCUCUCAACUGUAACAAAGGCUAUGAGGACCCAUUUGUGUGGAGACUCAGAGGACGUUACCAGGUACCACAAAACAUGGCCAAAAUUGCAGGGAAUAUGACAGAUGCAACUACGAACUGGGCAGCCGACGUCCUGCGUAAACGUUCGUUCUUUUAUGCCAGCGAAGCCGCGUUGAGCGCGAAACCGUUUACAGUGAAGCAGACCUGCGCCGCAUCUGUAUUACAUUCACCGUGGUCAUGGUAUGACAGCUUGAGCUUCGAUUCCGACGAGGUUCACCGUGUACCCCGCAGGAAUGUGCUCACAGGGAUGGUGACGCACGUGAAUUAGUUUAUACUGACAGUAGACUUACGCAGCAUUUACCGCACCCUCUCCUCCUCUCUCACCUAGACCCAGUGUCCUAACAGGGUCAAUAACACCGGAGGUGGGAGAGGGCGUAGGUGGCUAGCGCUGCAGGAGCCCGCACCUUAGCGUGUCACCACAGUGGAUCGGAUCCAACUGAGUGGGAGUGCCAGAGAACCCACAAUAAGGAGUAAUUGCAACCUAACUCUCAUUCUACUAAUAGAUCACUCAACCCACAAAUACACAUUGGGCUGACUGCGAGUUCCGGGUUAUCCUGUCAUUUGACAACCUUCCAAACCACGGCUUUUAGAGCACCAUGAUAGAUUCAAGCGUGUCAGAUCGUUUAUAGCGAGGAGUAUGUGAUGAGAGUAGGCCUCAUUCCCUCUGCGCUUUCCUGUGAACCAGUCGACCGUCAUAGUCGAUCGGACAACUAAUGCUGAGAUUGGGAGAUGCGGCUGACAGAGCUGAAUAGGGCCCAUUUACGCGUGCCCCACACUACUUGCCAAAACGGGGUUUCACGCGGACAGGUGAACUGCUAGGAUCUCACAUGUAACAGAGUGGGCACAUGGAGUGGGGGCCGAAGAAGACGCUUCCCACUUAAGUGAGGGGGUCUAGUCCAUUCCUGCGGUGUAUGAUGUUGGACGUGUCCAUCUGUGGCGCAUAGGUUGAUGGAGAGAUGUGUGAUGAGGUAGUUCAGUCCGCGGCGGAAGGCCAUGUAGCGAGUAGUCCCACGAGAUGGUUGUAUGUGCGCGAACAAGAUGGCAGUUGCGGCGAUGGCAACGGGUUUUUGUUGAUGUUCCGGGCACUGGUGGGCUGUUCUCCGUGCGCUGGGUCGGCAUGUGACCGACCAGGCCGAUGCGGGACGUGCGUGUGCGUGACACUGUGUGCGGCAUAGGUUGGGAGCUGUAGGAUAGGUUGAAAUGGUGACUCUGCUAAUGGUGGCCGCGUUGGUGGAUGGGACUUGGUGAUGCUGAAGAUGUAAGAUUUUUCGGAUGUGCAAGAUGAGCUUGACGUGCUAAUAUUUCGACGAAUUCCGCUAUCGUGUAUACGCAUGUGGCCGCAUAGGCCCUUUCGGUGAGUGAAUGUGCGUGGGCAGUGUCGACAGUGAGGCAUACUUGAGAGGUUUAUGUUGGAACUCUUUACAUUGUUGCGCCGGUCAGGGUAUAAUAAAUUCGCAAGUGAUCGACUAUGCCGAUGCGGGAGGCGAAUGUGUAGUCGCAAUGGGGACAUGUGGGGACCGAGUCCACAUUUGUGGUGAUGGAAGCGGAGAUGCUGAAGGUAGUUGCUGCAUGGCGCCGAGUGGUGUUCUCAUAGACGGCAAGAGUAAGAGAGGUGGGUAUCAUGGUCGUCAUCGAGUAGGUGACGGUGAUCGACGAGGGCCGGGCAUCAUGAGUGUAAUCACAGAUGGUGGGCGUGAUCGUCGACGUGAACGCCGUGAGAAUUCGUGCAGGGAUGACGAUGGAGGUGUCUUUGUAGCGUUGUUUUUGGCCGCCUUGUCAAUGAGUACCCUUUGUGACAUCGCUGGGUGGGAGCUCGUAAACUUUCCCGGAGAUGUUGCCUCUCCAGCGCAGUUGAAUCUUCCUCAGCAUGGCGUGGACGCUGAGACUUCUGGUUAUUUCAUGAAAUUGCAUGCCCAGAAUCCUGUCUUUUCGCCCGGAAGCAGACGAAGUUAAGGUGGUUGAGUUUCCUAGCUUGUCUCUCGUAGACUGCCCAGGUCUCUGCACAAUACAGGGCACCAGCAUCUGAUCACCAACAUCAAAGAACAACAAACAGGAAGCCCAUCAAUCUGACUAUGACUUUCAGCCAACGCUACACUCACGCCAACAGGGUUAUGUAAAACCAACCCAAAGAGGAACAGGGCUCAUCGUUACAGGCGUCUUGGUGCAUCAGAACACAAGUCUGUCUCCUACUCAAGGGAUUUUUGCAACUGCUACCCUCAGAAAGUCAUGGCUUGAGGUUUACUUUCUCGUUAUGGGAUGAGAGAGAGAUGAAGUACUUAACCUAUUGAGACGCGUCCUGGACAAAGGUGGGCCUUGCUGCAGGGUUGGGCAUCGCUUUUGGUUACCACAAAACGCAAAACCAAGUCCUAGUGGUCAAAGUCCAAGUAGGCACAGAUGAUCUUAAGGUACUUGUUUACGAAAGUCAACCAAAAUCACCUGCAGCGUGAUCCAUCCCCGGCAGAGACCCUCUCAGAGAGUGUUUUGCGUCCGCCUCGCAGACCAUCAAAAUUCAAGCUGGACAGACAACUCGACUGGUCGAAAGAUUUUUGAUAAUAUGCCCCCUUAAUAGCACACUGAUUGACGUGGUACGGAAAAUUUUUUGAAAUAAUGCGCGUGGAAUCACCUAGAGCAGGAUGGAGUUAACAAUAUUUCGGUUAGCUUACUUCUACUACAAUUUUCGAGAAGAAGCUGGCUUUCACCUCUAUGUCCAAUCUUGCAAUUGAAACGGCUGCAACCCUGUCUCACCCUUACAAUUUUUUGAAUCAUCUUGUCGUGACGUUAACGCACCGUAUGCAUAAAUCCCUCCGAAAGGUCGGGAUUCUGCAUGAUUUUCCACAGUCCAUCGUGAUGCGGUAUGUCGAAAUCAUUUUUCAGGUCCAAGAGGGUAAUGUAGGGGUGAGGCCGCAUCGCCAGGCGCUUAGCAUGUAGUCGACGGGCGGUGACGAUCAUGCCAGUGGUUCUGCAACGUCGUCAGAAAUCCCACUGAGUUUCAGGGAGAAGUCCGUGCUUUAGGUGGUCGUUGAGAUGACUGAGAAGAAUGCAACCGAAGAUCCCCCGGAUAUUGUUGAGCAGCAAGAUUCCUUUGUGAUUAGCGCAGACUUUCCGCUUGCCUUUUCGCUUGUAGAGAUGGGCGAUAGUUGUUUCCCUCAAAUCCUUGGGAACUUGUCCUUAGAGUCACAUCUCCUGAAAUUUCGUUGUAAGUUUGUCCGUCAGCCGAGAUAACAUCGGAUCCUAGUGCUUUCCCUCUGGACAGUUGGUGCACGACUCUGAUGGUUUCUGGGAGUGAAGGCAGACGAUCCAAGUCGUUAUUCGUUUCCACUUGAGGGGACCGGUCGACGACGACCUUGAAUAUGAUGGAUGAAGGUGGAGGACGCUUCUGAAAUGCUCGGUUCGACGCUUUAGAAUUUGCGAUUCCUCUGUCAGGAAUGUUGUUUAAUCGAAGCUGAGCUGCGGCGCGGUUUCUUUGGUAUAGGGGCCGUAGACCGUCCAGACUGAUGUGAAGAAGUUCUUCUUUCUAAUUUAGGUUCGCGUAUCCCUGGAUUCCCUUGGCCAUGCGUUUCGUCCAAGCGUCUUGCAUCUCCUACGCUCUUUGCUGCACAAGGCGGCGACAUCUGAAGGAAGCGGCUGUGCUUGCAUCGAUCCGGCAAUCGAUGUAGACUUUGCGCAACCUUUUCAUUUUGGCGAGUAUUUGGUUGAUAUCUACAUCUUUGUCUUCAAGCCAACCCAGGUGUUGACGACAUGACCGACCGAAGGCGUCCAGGACAGUAGACUUGAAGACGUUCGGCAGUUGACACCACAGAGGCUCCACGGUGGCGUUAUCGUCCGGAGUCUGCAGAUUUUUCAGUCGUUGGGUAAGCUGAUUGCUCAAGUCGAAGCUGUGAGAAUGAAAAUUCAUCAGACCAGUAUUUAACUUACCUGGUGGUCGCUUACCUUGUGAUCUCCUGCGAGGUUACAUUCCGAGCCUCAUUUUGGAGAUGGCGAUGCGGUGGUCCGUCCAGCCGUUGGCGUAACAGAUUGCCUUGGUCACCAGCACAUUCUGUUGACCUCGCCUCCGGACGAGAACAUAGUCCAGUGGCUGCCACCGAUCGAUCGGGGGUGCAUUCACAUCAGCAUCGGGAGGCGGAAGUUGUCGAUCAACAAGGGGCUUUGUUUCGCACGGGUUCGCAGAAGUAGGUUGUUAUUUUUGCAGCCGCCGAGACCAUGGGGAGCCAGCACUCCCCCUCCCCCCAGGUAACGCAGUCUGUACCAACGCGGGCACUGGAGCCACCACGGCCAAUCAGCUUGUGCUCCCUUGACACAGUCGUCAGGAGGACGUGUAGGUCCUCAUAGAAUUUGCUCUUUGCCAAGUCGGAGUUGGUCAUCAGGAGGCGACGUAGGCGCUGAUGAUGGUGACGAAGUUUCCUCUCCUAAGAGGGCGGCGCUGGUUCUUCAGUUGGUCGUUGACGUUCUGCGGCAGACAAGACAUUCGUCCUACGAUUUCGUUCCGGAUGGCAAAGGCAACGUCAGUGUCACAUCGGUCUGCAUCUAGACGGCCGCUCCAGAAGAUGUAGAUGGCACCCACCUCCUCUUGUUUGGUCUUGUUCAGAGAAGGGGGGUUCGUUAAGAGCAGAAAUCUCCAUCGUGUAGCGCACUAGUUACCGGGCGACUAGCAUCGUCUUCCUCUCCGGCUGGUUGCUCCUCGGAUUUUCUAAAAUAUGAGAACAUUCCAGGCUGUCAGAAUAAGCGAACCAACCCUAGCAGCCUGUGGGUUGGUCAGGAAGGAAGGGUACGAGUGUUGGCAUCUACGAGCCACGGUAUACCAGCAGGUAGUAUGAUUUCCUUGCAAUUUAUUUAAGACAUAUUUUCUAGCUCCCUUUAUGAGAGAGGAUAAACAGUGCUAUCCAUAAAUAGGGCUGCUUAGGCAUCCAAGACGGCUUCCGAACGCCACUAUGGGCCAUAGCGUUGCUUAAUGGAGAGCUACCUGAGUCAGCCUGGACCGGUUACUAGAUUGCAUGUCAAGCUCUCCGCAGGACUUUUUGAAGUGGAAGGGCGAUGGGAGGAGGGAAGGGAGGGGGAUGUGGAUGAGAAUGGGAGCAGAAGCAUCGGGUGUGAGGGAGGGGGGUGCACAUAACACGGAAUAUCCUCAUCCGAUUUAGCUUGUCGGUGGUGGCGAUUAUCGUGGUAUUGCAGUUGUUUCGGGGAGCCGUAGAUGAGAGUCGGGCUCCAGUUAAGGGACGUGAGAGGUGUCCACCACCCGAACUAGGCAAAUUAUGCCACCUGCCACGACCAACACGGUGGGGCCCCUAACUUGACGUCCCUACAACCCAUAAUCACUAUGAGGCCAAGGAGACUGAAGGUGUGCGUGGCUUCAGAGCCUGGCAAUGCUGAACAACCCGUUUACGCGGGCUACACUCUACCUCAUUUCCAAAGUCAGACGUUCCAGGUUUAAUUCAGAAAUGUCUCGGAUGUCACUCGAACCAGAGUGCUGUAUGGGCCACAUAAAGGAUGAUCCGUUGCAUUUCGACCUCCGUCCCACCGGAGGAUUUUAUUAUUCAGUCGGCUACCAGUCGUCCAAGUCAGGACUGGUGGCGCGUCGUGAUAGAUUCAAGCGCUUCAGAUUGCCUAUUAUGAGAAACGUGCUGAGUUGUCGUAGGUGUGGGUUCCCCCGUACGGGGCUCACUUUCCGUCUCCUUGCCCAUGCACCAGUGGCUUGGCAAGUUUGUUCCAAGUUUGUGAAUGGGUCUGGGCACAAUGUCUGACGUGAUAUAUUCAUCAGUCAUAUACCGCUCCACAAUCAUGUAAACAAUCCAGAAAUCCGACCAAGGAUCCCUUCGUCGGAGUUUAAGGCAGACGACUUAAAGCCAGUUGACUCCAUCUUCGUCAGCUCGAGGUAAUUCGGCCCUUACAAGCGGCACGCAGCUGAUGUGAAAAAAUUAUAUUAUAAAAAAAGGAUAUGAUCUUCCCACAUUGUAUUGUCACGAUUGCAUUAUCGGGUCAGCAGUUGAUAAGGGGUUAGCUGGACUAUUUCCCCUUUAUCUUGACCAUAUUUUCAUAAAUCAUCAGGUAGCCUGUUUAAAACGCUCAACAAUGCACAAAACACAUGUGGCACCGUCAGCUUAGCCCUAUGUCCCUUUUUACCUCAACACUGCCGAAAAUAGUUUAUUCUGCACUGAAUUAUUUCUUCCCUUAGGAAGAGGCUAACUUUGUAGUAGGCAGAACAUUCAGGCGGGUAAAAAACAGUAAAUCUCCCUGUACCUCUUUUCGCAGACAGCAGACCACCCCAUGAGGACAUCGGCAUGGUACGGAUGAGGGAAGGCAGGCUUUUUCUGCUGACUUUGUGUGACAGUAAAGCAGUUUCAUGUACUCAUACAUUAGUAGGCGCAGUGCCACGUCUUCUGACUGCGUAGUUUUGAAACUUUGCAUUUUUUAGAGUUAGUAAGGAUUUUCGGGUACUAAAGCUUGACAAGUGUUCCCCAGGAGGCGGUUGUGUUCGUGUUAUAUUAUGAAGCAGACCUGCCGCGGCUAACCAGGUGCACCUAACGGUUGGCUCCACCGAAAAUUCUAUAACACAGAUGCGUCAUCGUAUUGGCAACAUGUAAUAUUCCCCUAGUAAGCUUACUUAACUGUUUAAUUAGCUGCCAAGCAUCUUUGUAUUCAGAACGUCGUGGCAGUAACUAUUGUUGAAUUCACGCUGAGACGCAAACGUGUUAGAGCAUAGCGGAAUACUUGAAAUGAUGUUGGUAGAGUUUUUAAUGAAAACUAAAUUGGGACUAGGUGCUAAUAAUUGUUUCCACCGUCAUAAACAAGUUUCGCUGCUUUUCUACGAUUGUAUACUGCAAAUGAUCGGCUCUUCAGUGACAUUGUGUGAGCUUUCUGAGGGGAACCCAGUGUGUCAUUGAAAACUGUAACCAACAGUCGAUGUUGCGGUCAACGUUGACUAGUGACUGAAACUACACAUACAGUCGGUGACUAAUCUUAUAACAUGCUAACCGAAAUUCUGGUGUUUUUUCGAUUAGGAAGGAUUUCUCAGGUUGGUUUGCAAUAUGGGUUAUCUGGCGAAAAUAUUUCGGAAUAUUUUAAACACGUCAGAAUGUUAAUUUUCGAAUCCGUUUCUUUUCGGUUUUCGAGAAAAAUACCAGUAAAAUAUUCACUUCUGUAUUCGUUUGGUAGAAAGUCAUGUCUUCUUUAAAUUUUCUAGCAAAAUGAAGAGUAUCUGCAGGUUUUGAAAAGGUUUCUAAUCGCCAUUUUAAGGCCGUGAGAUGUCCAUCUAAAUAGCAUCGUAUUCCGGUGCUCGACUCUUCUUCUUCACUUAAGCAUCGUAUCUGUGUGUGUAACAAGACUACUCAUUAAGUAUACAGCAUAACCCACGUCCGUUGCAAUAUUUUGCGAAAUACAUAUAAUUUUUUCUUAAUGCCUUAAAGAAAUAUACGUUUUUCUCUACACGGAAAGUAUACAGCUUGUAGACUGAAAAUCCUGAACAAAAGCGUAACGGAAGAUCGAGCUUAUAAUUACUCGGGAAUUAGAAAACCUUUUUAAAACCAAAAGUAUACCUUUCUUCGACUACAAACUUCGAAGAAGACAGAAUCUGGUACUAAAUAAAUGUAGGAAAGGAUACUUUUGUGCACUUUCUCUACGAAAUAUAGUUGCAUUUACAAGAGUAUCGACAAUCCUGCUACCUAAUUGGCAAUUUUUUUACCGAUUGCGGUUUUUUAGGCGGCAGGAAAUAAUUGCAAUCAGAAACCAUCAUCGUAGUUUGUCUGAAAGAGCAUGGGACCGCGUCGCAAGCUAAACACUCUUGCAAUCACACCAAAGUAAUCCUGGCAAACCAGACGUUUGCCAGGAGGAUUAUUCGUCUGUUGUAUGAACAACUACCACAAUUAGAAAUUUGAACGCGUCCUAAUUGUGUGAGGGAUCAGCACAUCUCUCUGUGCACUCUCGUCAGAAUUAUAUAAGUUGUAGGAUAUACCAUACUUAACAGAACAUGUACUGGCUUAAAGUCCAGACACGUACUUUACCCAUAUUCUGCCGCUGCAUGGUAUAUCGUGCAACCUAUGCAUAUGCACUACUGGUUGCCUGUUGGCAUUUAAAGAAUACAGCGCGGUUAUUCUGCUGUGGUUGAUGAACUUCGACUCAAAUAUUUAUAUCUGAUUUCAGUCUGAGCCUACAAGUCUCAACUAAACUGAUUUACGCAAAGUUGGCGAUUAAUUUCUGCGGAAAUAAAGGAGCCACAAUUUUCAGUGUCAAUCAAAAGGGCAUAUUCCAUGACUGUGUCGGAAAUGUGUACACCGAUCAAGUUCCAGGACCUACCCGUCCCGCUGUGCAUUGGGGCUCAAUGUAGAGCUCUCGCAAGCAUUCACACAGCAACUAGUAUUAUAUGCAGAGGGAGAAUACCGACCGCCAAGCACAGCGGUCCGCAUUCGAAUUCGUCGCCCUUGAGGGUGUGCUGACGUAGUCAGGAACAGCAGCAUUGAUUCACACAAGUUAAUCCUGGAUGAAGCUUACGGUCUUUCAGUAUUGAGAGGUACUUUCGGAGUUUCUGGUUUUAUGAGGAAGUUUCAUGACUAUCGAAAUAAAAUAUCGGCUUUUUAGUUUCCUCAGAACCCAACUGUUAACUUGGAGCAGGCCAUUUGGAGUGAAAUUUUAUGGGUUCGGUCUGAAAGGUGGUAUGAAAAUGUGAAGCGAAACCUAUCAGCUUCAGCGGGAUAAUCGUAUACUACUCAUAAACAACCGGCAGCCAGCUAGUAGUGCAUACAUCGGUUGCAUGAUAUACUGUACUUGACAGUACAGAGGCAAGGGUAUGGUUCAUGGUCGGGGUUGCUUACUCUGGGGACAACUGUGCUAUAAGAAAAUAGCUGGCGAUAUUUAUUUGUAUGUGCCAGAGAAAGAAAUAAUAAUACCUAGCGGUGACUGCUGCGUGAGGGUGGUCAAGAUGCUUUAACGUAGUCCUCGGAGUAAAAAUACGACAAUGGAAUACCUUUUUGACAGUGCCUGCAAAGGGACACAAAAUUCAUUUACUGUUAUUAUUAAACGCACGAGUCAGUGCUUAUCCAAGAGAAUACGGAAAACCUCUCGCAAUGGCUGGGAAAAGGCGAAACUAGAAGCAUAAGCAGCGCCGUUCUCGCGCAUGUGGUCGACUCCGGACAUCAUGUAGACCCCAAUGAAACGUUUCGUGUGAUCUAUAAGGUCCCAUCGAACUAUCCUAAACCCCUGGGUUAGCGCCUGUUAGCAACAGCAGGGGCGGCCGCCAUCAGGUUGCGAAAACCAAUCUUGUGCGCACAGAAGAACCACGUUCAGGCUCCGCGCCUACAGUGGUCGAAGGUCGACUAACGCCACAACUCUCACGCGCCCUUGCGCUCUCACCCCGCAACUGACACUGACUUCUAUUAUCCCCCCCCCUCCCCCACAUUCCCACACCCCGCCUGUGUUUUAAGGCGAGCCUUGAUCGAUUUAUCUUAUCACCGACGGGACGGAAAUGGGCAUUUACGGCUUAUUUGGUCACGGAUGGCCCAAGCCUGGACUGUGAGAUUCGAAUCCCGAGUAGUCAGUUGAUCAUGAAACAACGCUCUUACCACUGUACUCACGACUGCAAGUCAUGUCGUCUGAGAUCGGAGGUAAUCAGUCACAUGAGGGUGGAGUGCACUGACCUACUAAGGUUCCAGAGAGAAAGUGAGCAUUUCAUUUUUGCAUUGGAGCGGCGGGUCCACAAUCCACGCAGACCGCCGCAUGACGACUAGUGGGUAAUCUCCAAGAUGCUUUACCAACUAAGACAGAAAGCGAGUGAGUUUUAGCGAUUGCUGGCUUAUGACGACUAACAAGCAUAUUCCAGCUUUGAAAUCGGGACUGACCUCUGCACGCCAUUCGCAUGUGGGCCCAGGCACUGUCAGAGUAAACUGUUGCCAAGACAUAGUUUCGACAGUUCCGUAGUUGAACAGCUUGAGCUCGCCCGCUAGAGUUUCUUGAGGAUGGGACGUAUGGGAGAUUUAAGCAUGAGGUGCAGAUCCAUACGAGCCAGGUGAGGAAGUCUUAAUAAAUCGUUCAGGGAAAUGAAACUCUAGAAGCAUUAAUGCCUCUUAGCGCUCAUUCAUCAAAUCUACACUGGCUGAAAAUCUUGUUGACAGUCAAGCCGAUAAACAUGGCAGGCGGCUAUAUAGGUUGAAAAGGCAAAUGUGAGAAAAUAAGCUCUACAAGCUCAGUCAACCUCUUCACAGUCAACUCAAAGGCAGGGAGGUUGGCAGAAUGGAAAACCCGCUUUAACGUUUGGUGGAGCAAGCGAGCGUUUCUACCCCACCUGAAUAUGUCCUUGAAAGGGUCUUCUGCUGGCACCCGUUUCACCUGAGGUUCAAACUCAGGAUAUGCUGGUUGUUGCUUGCAUACAGACAGUGUUGAUUUAUUUACUUCGUGCGAGUGUCUGUACCUCCGUUUAUGUUUGCGCCAGUGAUGGAAACAUCACUGUGCGUAGAGAAUUAACUUUCGUCUGCCAAACAAACGACCGACUUACUGCCCCUUCCCACCUCUACCAGCCAGCAUAUUUUCAUGAGAGAGCAGUGAGUUGAGGGGGGGAGGGGCGCAGAAGAGGGAGGGAAGGGGCGUGCGCACAAGGGAGCACAAUAGCAAACCUCUGCCCGCCCUGCUAGCGGUCGUGGGUGUUAGUGUCAUAAGUAGAUUUGUUGCGUGUAUGCGUUCUGUUUGGCUGAACCGACUCACGCAGUGUGCUCUUGGCAGGGUCGGUGUCUUUCUCUCGCCCUCCCCCCACCCUCUUACCCGCUAAACUUUAAAGGUUGGGAUUGUCAUUUGGUCACGACCCCAUUUCCGGACCCGUAAGUAUCCAUACCACCCGCACACGCAACUGAGUACGGUAACGAGGGCAAAGGGGAGGAGGGAAGGGUGAAGGGUGAACGAGAAUUCGGAGUCACCAUGGCGAGGUACAUAUAUCCAGUCCACGCCACAUACAGCCUCGUUCCAUAUACGCUGUGAACAAAGAAUAAGUGAUCAAAAUUAAACUUGAAAUCUUUUUCAUGCGUCCCCACUGCUUUGAAUGUGUGAUCCUGUCAACGUCCUGGUAAUUUUUGGACACCAAAAUUAUAGUGUGGACACGUAACCUCACACUGAUUAAUUAAAUUUGUUCUAUCUAACGUAUUAAGGUCCGGCGGUGACGUUGUUUUUCCGGACAAAGCAUCUUAAUUUUCGGCACAGCAGGCGGGAUGAAAGCUAGUUCACUUCUGUGCGUUUUCUGAAGCACUGGCUCAGAGCAGAUGUGAUGAUGAAAAUCUGUUCAAGGUGCUAGAGAUUUCUCAUCAGAAAUACUGCAAACACAUGAAUAACUAAAAGUCACCCUUUAAAUAUUCUUAUACAAUACAGUGCUAGCUAUGGGAAAGUGCGACACGCGUUGGCUAGUACUACUACUACUACUACUACUACUACUACUACUACUACUACUACUACUACUACUACUACUACUACUACUACUACUACUACUACUACUACUACUACUACUACUACUACUACUUCAUAUCAGAAUUCGAACCAUGCCUGAAAAGGUCUGUUCCGAAGGAUUUACUCCAAGUUCACGCAUUAAUUUCCUCGGAAACCGAACAAGACUACUACUACUACUACUACUACUACUACUACUACGACUACUACUACUACUACUACUUCUACUACGGCGAAUACCGCCACGACUACUAA